CGGCGCGGCCUCGCGGGUGAAGGACUUUGCGACCCCAGCACGACUUGGCGACCCCCGGCUGCUUCGGCCACCAUGCCGCGCUCUUUCCUCGUUAGGAAGUCUGCCUGCUCCCGCCGGAGGCCCAACUAUAGCGAGCUGCACGACUCUUCUCCAGAGUUCACCUUCCAGCAGCCCUACGACCAGGCCCACCUGCUGGCGGCCAUCCCACCUCCUGAGGUCCUCAACCCCACGGCCUCACUGCCCACACUCAUCUGGGACUCUCUCCUGGCACCCCAAGCCCAGCCAAUUGGCUGGGCCUCCCUUCUGUCCCAGGAGAUCCCCAAGGCUGUGGAGCUGACCUCCCUGUCAGAUGAGGACAGUGGGAAAGGUUCCCAGCCCCCCAGCCCACCCUCACCGGCUCCUUCGUCCUUCUCUUCCACCUCGGCCUCUUCCCUGGAGGCUGAGGCUUAUGCUGCCUUCCCAGGCUUGGGCCCAUUGCCCAAGCAGCUGGUUGGGCUCUCCGGGGCCAAGGACCCCCAGUCCCGCAAGGCCUUCAACUGCAAGUACUGCAACAAGGAGUAUAUCAGCCUGGGUGCCCUCAAGAUGCACAUCCGAAGCCACACGCUGCCCUGCGUUUGUGGCACCUGCGGGAAGGCGUUCUCCAGGCCCUGGCUGCUACAGGGCCAUGUCAGGACCCACACUGGGGAGAAGCCCUUCUCCUGCUCCCACUGCAGCCGGGCCUUCGCAGACCGCUCCAACCUGCGGGCCCACCUCCAGACCCACUCAGACGUCAAAAAGUACCAGUGCAAAACGUGCUCCCGGACCUUCUCCCGCAUGUCCCUGCUCCACAAACACCAAGAGUCAGGCUGCUCUGGGGGCCCCCGCUGACCCUCGGGGCUCCUACCGUUUCUCCAGACCCCCUGGAGUGGCCUCCCCCCAACUCCAGAAAGAAGGAUCUCCCACAUCCUUCUCACCACGAUGGAAUUCCUUUCUGAGCUCCCCUUUUGACUGCGUUGGCCCCACAGGACUCUGAGGACCGCUUUCCAGUUCUCUCUGAUCUGGGGACCUCGGUCGUCUCUGAAGGAGACCUUUCGGUGGACAUUUCCAUGGACGGCUGAUGGGAGGAAGGCUUGCAGUGGAGAUCUCUUCCGGCCGCCACUGCUCCGAGCAUUCUGGAGUUGGCCUUGCUGUGUGGGUUUGUGUAUCCAAAGCUAUUUGGAUACAGCUGCUUUGAGCUACAGGACAAAAGCUGACAGACUGAUAGGAGGCUCCCACCCCACUCAGGGGACCCCACUCCUCCUCCCCAGAAACCCUCAGGCUGCCCCGUCAGGAGGUAUAACUAACUGCAAUAAUCCACCCCCAGGGGCACCCACGGGGCCUGCGGGGGUCAUCACUUGACGUGUCUAGACCCCAGCUAUUUCAGCCUCCUGUUUGUCACGGUGGCACCUGUUUCAUGGGCAAUUUAACGUCUGAAAAGGGAAUGUGAGUAAUUGCUGUCACUUGUCCUGGGCCCAAGUAGGGUGCUUUGGCCCAACCAAUGUGUCUCCCAGAACUAUUUUCGGGGCCCGACAGGUGGGCCCAGGAAGAAGAUGUUUACAUUUUUUAAAGGUACACUGGUAUUUAUAUUGCAAGCAACAUUUUGUACUAAAGAAACAUUUUGUAUAGUUAUAUG